AGUCAGAUGAAUAAAUCACAAUGACUGAUUCUCUAAGUAGAAGAAAAAGAAGCCUCAAACUUGCCCUGCCUACCCGAGGGUACUAUGCAGAGCUCAUCGCAGAUCUAAACUACGAAAAUAGGAUCAAAACUUUGACCGAGCUUCCAGGUGCCACGAAAUCCACAAAACUAAUAUGGCAGUUGAGAACAGAGAAGCAUACUAAUAUUAUAAGAUCUUUAAAUCCUCCAGCUAAUAGAGCAUCGUUAGCACCAGCAGAAAGAUGGAUGACGUUUGAAGAAGACAAGACUGUUAGCUUUCCUGUCGACACGUUCAAACCAAAAGUUCAGCUGCAACAUAAAGUUGAACCCAAAACCCUUCCUAGGAGUGUUGCAAUUGAAAGAUGUCGUAGAGAAUAUCAGAGUCAAGAUCUAAAAAACCUAUUGAUUCAACUUGGAAUAGAAAACACAGAUUUAAUGCCUACAGAUCUCAUAAGAGAACAUGUGCCUGAUAAAACAUGGAUUGGAUUUUUGCCAUUGGAACUAUUUGACAACGAGGAGUUUGAUAUAAGAACCCCUGAAAACUGGCUGGAACACGGUGUCAUCGACAACGUCCACCAUGCUCUGCCGGCUAUAGCAUUUGUACCAGCUCCUCCACCUAACGAGGAGUCCACAGAAUACUUGGCCUCUAGAAGCAGAAUAAAUUUGGUGUUGGGUGAAAUGUACGACUGGAUUAACGUGGCUGUGAGCGAUUACAAUCCAGGAAUCAGACGUUGGACUGUCAUGACUUUAGAUGGAUAUCAACGAGUCUUCAAUUUGCACAGACUGUAUAUUAUGUUCUAUGCUGAAGAUCCAGUUAAUUUCGUUAACAGGCUGAAAGAGGCGUUGAGGCUAAAAGCUGAAACAGAAAAUUUAAUAAGGUAUGAGUUUUUCCUCGACUGCAUAUCCCUGGAAGGUGUAGAUGGCUUUGAUGAAGCUUCAUUGAAAAAAAUUGUUCAUUUAGCCUCCAGAGGAAUGGGGAAGAAAGUAAGCAGUACAGAGAAUUUUCAAACGUUGUUAUCUAAUGUAGAACUCUAUCAUAAGAGGGCAAUAGGUGGUUUAGAAUUUGAAAAGAACUUCAAAGAGCAACAUGAUAUCAAAAAUUUAUGGGUUCCUGCUAAAGAAAAAGAAAAAGUACCCCAAUAUAUCGAUACGAAUAUGAGGGAUUUUCCAAAAGUUAGAGAUUAUUUUAGAUGGUACAAUAUCUACGUUCUACCAGAAACCUACAGAGCCAUGUCGUACGUGAAUGCAGAAUGUCAUAAAACAGCACAAAUGUCCUUGUUUACUGCCAGCUAUGGGUCCAGAUAUGUUUCCUUGGAUGAAUUCGAAUCUAUCCAGAAUUUAGCUACGAGCGUUCUAUUAAAACAAUUAAGAGGACCGUGGAUUGAGUCUAUCAUAUACAACAUUCGUAUGUGUUUAGGAGAUAUAGGUAAAGGAUGGUUUGAUAUAAACGAGAAAGUCUUCGAAACAUAUGAGAUUUCCAAGUUAAAACGAUUCAUGGAGUUGGUUAAGUUCAGAAUGCAACAUACGCUUCGGUUGUUAGUGGAAAAUUCCUUAAAUACCUUCAUAGCUUUGGUGGAAACUCCUUGUUUAACUUGUUUACAAGUUGAAGGUGAUUAUGAAUGGGGAACUGAUUUAAUUAGCAGUCCCUUCAUAUCCAAGACUCAGCCAAUAUUCAGUCUACAGUUAAAAAUGCAGGAAUCUGGAGCAUAUUAUUCGACAACUCCAGAAAAUUUUCAGAUCAUUCUAUUGAAACUGUUCGACGAAGCAUUAAAACAAACGCAUCAGAUCAAACAAGUCCAUCCAUUCUUGAUGAGCAACUUACGAUUUCCGAAAGAUCUUAAUUUAUCUUCGGUUGGACUACUGGCUCCAGAAGUUUGCCAAAUUCGAGACCGAUUUGUACUGGCUUACGAGAAAGCUCUGAUACCUCUAAAAGCGUAUGCUGAGAAGUAUAAUAUGCAUUUGGAACUCUUCAAUAUGGACGUAAAUGCAUUUAUAGACAACUACAGACAAGAAAAUCAUUCAGCUUUUGAAGUAAAAGAAGAAGUUUCCAAGCAAGUCCGUCUUAAAACCAGCCUGGAAUCUACUCUUCCCAUUAUAAUUUUCAUAGGACCUUUUCAUGUUUCGGUAGAUUAUCUAAGAAAUAUUUUGAUUAAUAAAAGACAAGAUAUAAUCAUUAAACUUCUCGAUGCGUUUGCUGAGAGGAUGAAAGAAAAUAUAGAAGAGCAGUCUGCGUGGCUGCGACCCUACAUAGAAUUAAAUACUCGACUUAGAGCUGCAGCUACGAACGAUUUUGGAAGAAAUUUAUACAAAUUGGCCAAUAAUAGUGUAUUUGGAAAGACUAUGGAGAAUAUAAGGAAACAUAGAAUAGUAAAACUAGUCAGAUCAUGGAAUGGGCGAUAUGGUGCUAAAAAUUUAAUUUCUAGUGCCAGGUUUCAUAGCAGAAAGAUAUUUAAUGAAAAUUUAGUAGCUAUAGAACUGAUUAAAUCAGAUCUAGUUUUUAAUAAACCCUUAUACAUUGGCAUGACUGUUUUAGAUAUAUCAAAAUUAUGUAUGUACCAAUUUCAUUACGACUAUAUGCUUCCAAAAUUGGGCGCAGAUAAAUGUAAUUUAAUGUAUAUGGAUACCGAUAGCUUUAUUUAUGAACUGUACUGUCAUGAUGCAUAUGAGGAAGUAAUAAAACAAGAUCUAUCAAAAUUUGAUACAUCCGAUUACGCUGUAGAUAAUAUCUAUAAUAUUCCUCGCGUAAAUAAAAAAGUUUUAGGAGUAAUGAAAGAUGAAAAUAAAGGAGAAAUUAUGACAAAAUUUGUGGGAUUACGAUCAAAAAUGUAUACUUUUAAAGUUCAAUCUGGUCGAAUCACUAAAAAAGCAAAAGGGACUAAAUAUAAUAUAGUAAAAAAUGUUAUAAAAUUCGAUGAUUAUGUAAACUGUUUAAAUGAUUUUAAGGAACAAAACUGCUACUCAACACUCCAUUCGGUCAUAUAG